CAAGGGAAAGUUAUUGGCUUUGCUGCUCUGCUUCAUCUUCUUAAAGGUUAGCAAAGAAAGAAGCGGAAAUGGUGAGCUGUGGUAGAAAUGGAGCAGUAAGGCAGUACAACAGAUCAAAGGUUCCCAGGCUGAGAUGGACUCCUGAUCUCCACCACUGCUUUGUUUAUGCCAUUGAGCGCCUUGGAGGCCAAGAUAAGGCUACUCCAAAGCUGGUGCUUCAGAUGAUGGAUGUGAAAGGGCUAACUAUUUCUCAUGUCAAGAGUCAUCUGCAGAUGUACAGAAGCAUGAGGAAUGAUCUAAGCAGACAAGAUGUUCAACUCAUUGAAGAGAGAAGACGUUCAUGCGAAGGCAAUGAUGGCGUUGCUUAUAAGCAAAAUCAUGAUGAUGUAUUUUUGCCCUCUUCAAAGCCCAAUGAAACCCAACCCCACUUCAUGCUCUCAUCUCUCCCUGUACUCAAAAGAAGCAUGGAGAGUAGCAAUGGAAUUUGUGGGAUAUUUACCACCCUGUGCAACUUCCAUGAUUACAUGCAGAGAAAAAAUCACACUUUCGGCUUUUACAUGGUUGAAGAAUCUCACACUUCGAAGGGCAUUAAGCAAAAUGGUUGUCAAACCCCAACAAGUACCAUAACCUGCAGAUCCGAUGAAGAGGAUGAACUCUCCCUCUCACUUUCAUUAUCUCUAAAACCCAAACAUGGGAGUAGUGCUUCUUCUGCUUGUGAAAGCAGUUGUUGUGCCUUUCCAGCCGCUGGUAGAAAUCACACAGAAAGCUUGCAUCAGUCAAAUGAUUGUUGCUUAAAUUUGGAUCUCUCAAUGUCAGCCUGUAGCUCUUAUGCAUAGUUGCAAACUCCUAAUUUCUAUAUUU